AGUUGAGAGCUGUGUGUGUUUUUUCCUCUCUCCUCUGGAAACAGCCAGGAGGGAGGGAGGAGUUUAAACAAAGGCCUAGUCCACAUGAGAGAAAAAACAUGGAGGCUGGUGCAGAGCAGCCCUGGUGUCCUGCUCCUCUGCCUCCCCACGCUCACACCUCUGCCUACAUGAGAACAACCACCGACUGACUCUUCGCUGGGAGGCUUUCGAGGCGAUGCUGUGCAGACGGACUCGCGUGAACCACGUUGUUUCUGCGGCUCGUUUUUCGCUUCCCCUCUUGCCUGUCUGCCCCUGCCUGCACCGAACAAAGAUAAUCACUCAAGGAAACGCUUUGGCCAAUCAGGCGCGGCCUUGCAUCCCGCCCGCGAGGAGGCCGACCAGUCAGGGGGCGGCUUGCAUCGCCGGGGCCUGGAUCGCCUUCUGCCUGCAGAGCGGAGCCUUCCCCUCGGCUGAGAGGGCUGAGAGUGUCCUCCAUGUUUUAUAAGUGUUGACAUAACAGUGUGUCAGGCAGCCAUGCAUCCACAGAGUCUGGCUGAGGAGGAGAUAAAGACGGAGUCGGAUGUGGUAGAGGGGAUGGAUGCGUCUCUGCGACCCAAAGUCCCUGAUCCACCGGCGUUAGCAGAACGACCGGUGGUGCCACAGAAGAGGAAGGUGUCGAGUCCCACUCACUCAUCCAAUGGACACUCUCCCUCAGACACCUCCCCUAGCCCUGUCAAGAAGAAGAAGAAGCCUGGGGCCAUCAGCGGUCACAAAGACCAGUCAGAGCUAAGACAUGGUCCGUUUUACUAUAUGAAGCAGCCAGCACUCACCACAGACCCUGUUGAUGUUGUACCGCAGGACGGCAGGAAUGACUUCUACUGCUGGCUGUGCCACCGCGAGGGCCAGGUGCUCUGCUGUGAGCUCUGCCCCAGGGUGUACCACGCCAAGUGCCUCAAACUACCAGCCGAGCCCGAGGGCGACUGGUUCUGUCCAGAGUGUGAGAAAAUAACAGUUGCCGAAUGCAUUGAAACCCAGAGCAAGGCAAUGACAAUGCUGACAUUAGACCAACUGUCCUACUUGCUCAAAUUUGCACUCCAAAAGAUUAAACAGCCAGGGACUGAGCCUUUUCAAAAGCCUGUGGCUCUGGAACAACACCCAGAUUACGCUGAGUAUAUCUUCCAUGCCAUGGACCUGUGUACUUUAGAAAAGAAUGUAAAAAAGAAAAUGUUUGGCUGCACUGAAGCCUUUCUUGCUGAUAUGAAAUGGAUCUUGCACAACUGCAUCAUCUAUAAUGGAGGUAAUCAUAAACUCACAGCAACUGCAAAAGUCAUCGUCAAGAUUUGUGAACAUGAGAUGAAUGAAAUCGAGGUGUGUCCAGAGUGUUACCUGUCUUCAUGCCAAAAGAGGGAGAACUGGUUUUGUGAGCCAUGUAGUCAACCCCACCCCCUGGUCUGGGCCAAGCUAAAGGGGUUUCCUUUCUGGCCAGCAAAAGCACUUCGAGAUAAGGACGGACAGGUAGACGCACGGUUCUUUGGUCAACAUGACAGGGCAUGGGUCCCCAUCAACAACUGCUACCUCAUGUCCAAAGAGAUCCCCUUCUCUGUGAAAAAGACGAAAAGCAUUUUCAACAGUGCCAUGCAGGAGAUGGAGGUCUAUGUGGAGAACAUUCGCAAGAAAUUCGGGGUCUUCAACUACGCACCCUUUCGCACCCCCUUCACACCCAACAACCAGCUGCAGAUGCUGUUGGACCCCUCCAACCCGAGUGCUGGGACUGUGAAGACGGAGAAAAACGAGAAACUUCGCUUAAACUUUGAUACGACCGCAUCUCCCAAGAUGGUUCUCAGCAAAGGUUCCACACACAGUGGGAUGAGUCGAAGGGUCUCCAUGACGGACAUGCCUCGGUCCCCCAUGAGCACCGGCUCGUCUGUCCACACAGGGUCUGAUGGGGAGCAGGACAUGGAGAAGGCCAGCAGGAAUCCUGGUUUCCACUACAGCACUGGAGAGGAAUCAAUGGACUGUUCAGGGUCUCCGGUCUCAGGCAGGAUGGGUCCUACAGGCAGUGUGACAGGCAGCCCAAAACCCUUUAACCCUGGACUAGUGCCCAAACAGGAAAGGACCUCGGGCACAGGCGGCAUCCUAAAUCUCAACCUGGAUCGAGUAAAGGCUGAAAUGGAUCUGAAGGAGUUAAGUGAAACUGUGCAGCAGCAACAAAAUCAGCAACAAGGAUCAUCUGCCGCCUUCCCGACCCCAAAGAAACACAUCAGGAGCCUGGACAAGACAAUUGAGAGCUGCAAGGCUCAGCUCGGGAUCGAUGAGAUUUCUGAAGAUGUGUAUAAAGGUGUGGAUCACAGUGACUCUGAAGACUCUGAGAAGUCGGACUCAAGUGACAGCGAGUAUCUCAGCGACGAGGAACACAAGCCAAAGAGCUCGACCCAGGACGACAAGGACAAAGCAGAGAAAAAGAGGCCUAAGGCGAGCACGGACAGAGAGAAUAAGGAGGGAGGAACAGGGCCAGGGGAUAAAGCCACCCUUGAACCCCUGCUCAAAGAGAAACUGGGGGCCAAUGGCCCAGAUAGGGACCUCCAGGACAAGCCCAGAACGCCCCAGUCUCAGCCCCUCGCUGACAAGCCCAAAGCCCCAGAGGAGGGCAAGGGAGAUGCUGCUACAUCAGUCACAGAGCAAGACUCUGAUUCUGAAAGAGAGCUGGUGAUUGACCUGGGUGAUGAACACGGAGGUCGGGACUCAAAGAGGGCGAGAAGAGAGCCAGGAGCUUCGGCUGCCAAGACUCCCAAAGAGUCUAAUGUUGUCAAGUUGGAAGGUAAACUUCCUUCAUCUGCUACAGCGGCAGCACCAUCCCGGGACGCUGCCUCCUCCCUGAAAGAUGCCUUGCAACCUUCCAUCACCGCUGCCCUCAACCUCGUCGCCACUGCAGCAUCUGGUCAGUCCAGUUCCACCACAGCUACCAGCGGCUCAACCAGUGCUGCCUCUCCUGCCUCCACCUCGGUCUCCGCAGCAUCCCCAGUUCCUGCAGCAUUAAAGAAACAGCGCCCCCUACUGCCCAAAGAGACAGCUCAGGCCGUGCAGCGGGCAGUGAUCUGGAAUCCCACCAAGUUUCCAGCGUCCUCUCAGAAGUUGCAAAUGGAGAAGGUGCAGAAGCAGCAGCAGCAGCAGGGAGAGCAGUCAGCAGUGCAAACACAGGCCCAGACGCUGGGUCAAACACGAAGCCCACAGCAGCUGCCGUCUCAACCACAGAACUCCUCUUCAAGCACCCGCUAUCAGACCAGACAGUCAGCCAAAGUGCUACCAAAGGACCCGCCUCAGAAUACGUCCUCAUCCACAGCUGCACAGGUCACAUCCUCUAGCUCCUCUUCCUUCAUGUCAGGAGACGUACAGAUCCCCACAGUCUCUGCAGAUGUGGCUGCAGAUAUAACCAAGUACACAAAUAAGAUUAUGGACACAAUAAAAGGGACGAUGACUGAAAUCUACAGCGACCUUUCCAAAAACACAUCAGGAAACACAAUUGCAGAGAUACGACGGUUAAGAAUAGAGAUUGAAAAACUCCAGUGGUUGCAUCAACAAGAGUUGUCAGAGAUGAAGCACAAUCUAGAACUGACGAUGGCGGAGAUGAGGCAGAGUCUGGAGCAGGAAAGAGAACGGCUGGUGGCUGAGGUCAAGAAGCAGACAGAGGUGGAAAAGCAGCAGGCGGUGGACGAGACCAAAAAGAAACAGUGGUGCGCCAACUGCAGGAAGGAGGCCAUCUUCUACUGCUGCUGGAACACCAGCUAUUGUGACUACCCAUGUCAGCAAGCCCAUUGGCCUGAGCAUAUGAAGUCCUGCACGCAGUCAGCCUCAGCUUCGCAACAGGAUCCGGAGGCAGAGCCCAACUCGGAACCUCCCAUCAAACCAUCAGGUCACUCUCCCGCCACACAGACCCUGCCCUCAGGAGCAGGAUCCAUAUCAGACAAAAGCAACUCUCCCUCACUCAUUGACAAGAGUAAGGACAGUGCUGCUGUUACUGUGACCUAACUGCGACGCUACAGAGACUCUGGAAGAUCUUUCCAAGGCCACUGAAGGGCUCGUGGCAUCAAGAACAUUUGCCGUAAAAAAAGAUUGGUGCUUGAAGGCCUGUGUCUGUCUGACAAAAAGAAACUCUUAAUUUUUUCAUUCCCACACGUACAUCUGCUUAGCCGAUAUUUUUCGUUUGUCAAUCAAUCGCAGUUCCCAGAAAUCUGUGUUCACCAUGGAAAAGUAGACUGAGGAGAAAUAAAAUGUGAGUCUGUCUGUUUUCGUACUGUCUUCUGUGUUACAACUCUGUUCCCACAGAUUAUUUACCACACUAUCACAUUCAAUGCUGCUUUUAAGUACUUCCUGGCGGUUUCACAGAGUUGAUUUACUCUCCAUAUUCUAAGAUACAAACAAUUCAAAAUAGCCAAUCAACACUUGAUGCUCAUUUAUAACGGUGCCAUCAGAGGUAUUUUGAGUAGUUUCAUCUUGACUGUUUUUAACCAUGUCCUCUUCAUGACAUUUUUUGGCCCAUACCAGUUUUGUAUUGUUGCUCAACAUUGUAAAGGCCUCCAUCAAAAAAUAUCUGUGAUUUAUUAAAAGAAAAAAUAACUAAAAAAUGUAAACUGUACAAAGUUUUGUAAGAAGAUAACUGAACAAUAUUUAUAGUGUUAUAUGUUUUUAUAGUAUGUUAAAUGAAAUCACAUUUCUAUGUGUCUAAAAAAAGAAGUUAUUUGAAAAAUAAAUUACUUCAUAUGAAUGUCAGCACUGAGCAAAGUCUCUGUUUAACCAGUUAUCCAAAGCUGAUGUAAAUCCUGGUCAGACUGUGUCUAAGAACUGGGAAGGUAUGAAUAGAAAAUUGCAUUUUUGGCUGGUUAUUAUUUCCUGUGAGCAUGUAUGUUUUGAGCUUGUGUCUCGUUCUUGUUUACAUAUUGUAAAUACAAUAUAUGGACUUGUGAAGCAAAAAUAAAAAUGCUCUGAUCAGUGA